UACUGUGUCCUGUGGCGUCUUUUCAAGGGAAGAGGGGACUCAAAGUGGCCGGCUGGCCAGCUCUACCAACAACACGAGACGGUAUAAAGACAGAAACAACCAACAUCAUGAAGCUAACGCUAACAUUUAUGUUCGUACUUGUGGCUUCUUGGACAAUGGUCCUCUGCAGCAAGGAGGAGCCCAUGUCCGAAGACCCUCCCCUCCUUCAGGUUCCCGCCGUCGAGGCCCGCUCCCGCUUCGCCGCUCUGGACGACGUGCGUCUCCUGGCCAAUGGUCUCCUCCAGCUUGGCCACAGCCUCAGGGACUUCGUCCACAAGACCAAGGGCCAGAUCAAUGACAUCUUCCAGAAACUCAACAUAUUCGACCACUCCUUCAACCAGCUCUCUGUGCUGGCCAGCGAGAUCAAGGGGGAAGAGGAGGAGUUGAAGAAGACUACGGUAGUACUCAAGGCCAACAACGAGGAGAUCAAGAGCCUAUCGCUGGAGAUCAACUCCAAGGUGGAGAGCAUACUGCAGGAGCGUAGCCAGCUUCAAAGCAAGGUGGGCGGGCUGGAGGAGAAAUUGAGCGGCCUGUCUCAGGGCCUGGUGCCCGCCGAGCAGCUGGCUGAGAUCAGCACACUGAAGGAUGUGAUCCACACCCAGGAGAGAAGCAUUGCUGAGCUGCUGAAGGCUGUGAGAGAGCAGAGCGACCAGCUUGUUCAGCAGAGGAGCAAGAUCAAGACUCUGGAGGAGAAGCUCACCUAUAACCCUUCCAUGCAAGAGACCAUUGAGAAACCAUCUGACAACUUCCAGUCUGUCACGCCAGACCUCACUGGGUAUCUGACCAACACCUCUGCAAAUGGCAGCUUCGACAUGACAGAUCUCCCAUCAGACUGCUGUGAGCUAUUUACCAGGGGCGAGAGAGCCAGUGGAAUGUACACCAUCAAGCCUAACCAAUCCGAGCCCUUCAUGGCCUACUGUGACAUGGAUCAAGAUGGAGGGGCUACUAUAAUCCAGAGAAGGAAGGAUGGGUCCGUGAAUUUCGAUCAGAAUUGGGAGAAGUUUGAAAACGGAUUUGGAGACUUUCAAGGGGAGUUCUGGCUGGGUCUGAAGAAGGUCCACUCCCUGGCUAGUCAAGGUGACUCUUUCCUGAACAUCCAACUGGAGGACUGGAAACAGGGCAAACGCUUCAUCGAAUACAACUUCUCUCUGGAUGGACCAGAGGCCCACUAUACUAUCCACCUCUCACAGGCAUCCGGAAAUCUGCCUGAUGCAAUGAGCAACCAUACCGGUAUGAAGUUCUCCACUAAGGACCGGGACAAUGACAACCUUGAAGACUCACACUGCGCUUACACCUACACAGGUGGCUGGUGGUUCAACGCUUGUGGAGACACCAAUCUGAAUGGGAGAUACAUCCACGUGAGAUCCAAGGGACGUUCAGAGUGUAGGAGGGGAAUCCACUGGAAGCCCACCAGAGGGGCCUCCUACUACCUCCGAUCCACCCAGAUCUCCAUUCGCUCCACCCCCACCACUACAGCCACCUCAACCUCCUCAGAAACAGGCAACUUCCGCUGAGAACAAACACAAGACGUAUGGACAGAAAUAAGACAUUGACCAAGCUUUGGCAAAGAUACAUGUGACUGACAGUCCCUGACAACAAGGCCUUUAAGGAGAUUUAGGAGGCCAGUUUAGUCAGGUCUCUUCUGUCGACUGCACAGUGAGACCACGUUGAUUAAAUAGACUCUAAGCCACUGUUUAUCUUAUAGCUAAUCUAAAAAGAACUCACUUCUCCUCUUCAGCAUUGAAGGCUUUGGGACACAAGGAACCAAAUGAAUUGUUAAACAUUUUUAUACUCAGGUUUAGAGUUCUAAUUUUUGGGCUAAAUUGAUUGAUAACAUCCUCCUAUUCUUACAUGCAUUUGUGGAAUCCUAGAGAGUUCUUGUUUAAGCAUUGGAAACUAUGAAUGAAUGGUGGGCGGUAUUCAUACCUGUGAUCUGUGCACAAACCUCGUAAAUAUGCAAAACAUACAUAGUUCUUUCAUGUCAAAUUUGUGUUAAACGUGCAGGUCUUAAGUCUGAAUUUAACCAGGUAUGAAGUGGUGAGGAAUUGGAUGGACAGCACACAGGCAUCCACCUUAAUGACAGCAGUUAUCACCAGGAUCUUAGUCACAUUGUCUCUCAGCACAUCUGUACUGUAUAUACUGUAUUUUUGUUACUUGUCACAUUUUUACAGUUCUGGAAAAUAAAUCAUAUUUAUGACA